AUGUCGACCUCUUCCCUCGCCGCCACGGGCCUCACCGCCUCCAAAUCCGGCCUCCAGCAGCAACAGCAGCAGCAGGCCCUCCUCGAUGCCGCCCCUUCCACCUCCGCCACAAAGUCCGCCGCUCCCGUCACCCGCGUCGCCAUCAGGGACGGCAAGAUGAUCGGCAUCAACGACCACAUCUACCUCUCUCCCGCAUGGGCGCCCGGCGCAGGCGAGCCAUACAUGAUCGCCAGAGUCAUGGAAUUCGUCACGGCCGCCUCCUCCCGCAGCGGCGCCGCCGCCCUCGCCAGCAGCUCCGGCACCUUGCAGGUCCGCGCCAACGUCUUCCUCCGCAUGCGCGACAUCAGCCUACGCUCCACAAACGACCCGCGUCUGCUCGUCGCAACCAUGCACUCGGACGUAUUCAGCCUCGAAAACGUCCGCGGCAUCUGCGAGGUCCGUCACCGCGAUCUCAUCGGCGCAGGCACCGCCCCCGACGUCUCCCAGUGGAAGAAGAAGGAGGAUCACUUCUACUACUACCAGCUCUACGACAGAUACAUUCAUCGCUUCUACGACGUCGUCCCCACCGAAAAGGUCCAGAACGCCCCUCCAGAAGUCCUCACCACCCUCCGCAUGCGCUACUCCUUUGUAGUCGCAGAGGCCGGCAUGAUCAACGACCUCACCGACGCCCUCCGAGGUUGCGCCGUCUGCCAUCGCUGGGCGUCCGGCCCCGAGUCCGUCCGCUGCGACACUUGCAAAAAGUUCUUCCACAUGAAAUGCCUCAACCCACCGCUCGCUUCCAAGCCUGCAAAGGGUUACAGCUGGACCUGCGCCCCUUGCUCCCGCCAGCACGAGCAGCACGUCGAGCACACCCUUCAGAAUGGAGGCCAGCUCGCCUCGGCUUCGGCUUCGGCUUCGGCCACCGCAAGCCCAAACACCUCCAAUCCGUCAAGGCAUCAGAUCACCGCCACCGCCAACAAGCCUCGCGGCUCAGCCCGCGGUCGCGGUCGAUCCUCGUAUCCGAGAAGGAGCAUGGCCGGCCGAGCAGACGACGUGGCGUCAGCCACCAACACCCCCGACGGCACUCCCGCGCCAGAAAAGUCCUCGGACGACAUUCGCGGCACCCGCUGCUUCAACCGCUGGCCCUACCGCUACUUUGGACAACACACCUCCGCCAUGGACGUGCUCGACCCGCACGACUCGGUCUAUCCCAUCGCAACAACUCGCCUCGGGCCCAAGUACCAGGCCUCGCUCCCCACCUGGGACGAGCAAAAGGAAGCCGGCCUCGGCGUGCACUGCCGAGGCAAAGAAAAGGCCAAGGAGGAAGAGGCCGGUGCUGGUGCCCUGCCGGCUGCCGAAGCUUCCGUAGCAGCGGCCGCAGAAUCAUCCGGAACCCCCGCGCCCGCCGGCUCCACCACCGUUCCGCACAAGAAGAAGGGCCGCCCUUUCAAGCGCAAGAGAGAAGCCCACGAACGCUCCGAUACCCCCACCACCGGCAGCAGCACCCCAGCCAUGCCACCCGUUCAGCUCCCCGCGGAGCCACCCGAGUUCGACCGGGGCGGCGACCAGAGCGUUGAGCCCAUCUUCCUCCCAGACGCCGCCAAGUCCGACAAGGAGCUCGACGCAUACAUGCAGGCGGUGCGCGCCCACUUCAAGUCCGUGCCGCCCCACCACGUCGAUCUGAUCAACCGCGCGCUCAUGACCUUCACCCAGAAGCAAGGCGAUCCAGUGCAGGCGCUCAUGGCCAUGUCGGCCAGCACGCUCAAGCAGCUGCGCAUCACCAACUGGUCCGCAAAGGAGGCCAAGCAGUUCGAGGCCGGCAUCGCGCAGGUCAACUCGGAUAUGAAGCAGCUCAAAAAGUACAUCCCCACCAAAAAGGUCUCGGACAUCGUGCGCUACUUUGUCGUAUGGAAGGUGCAGCGCAUCAAGGCGGACCUCGAUGCAAUGCACGACGCCAAGCCACAAGGUGGCUCCAGGAAGCUUAGCGGUACCAACGGCACGUCGACGCCGGCGCCCAAGCCCACCACCUCGCGCGCCGUGUCGCCCUCACUCUCGGUGUACGGCGACAGUGAGCCGUCGGGCGCUUCGACUUUGUGCGCCAUGUGUUCCACCACCUCGAGUCGCAUCUGGUACAAGGGCCCCGCCUCGCUCGCCAACCGCGUGCUCUGCGUCAACUGCGGCCUCUACUGGCGCAAGUAUGCCGCCGAAACGUUCAACCCGGACCUCGUCUCGGUCAAUACGCGCAACAAGUCCGGCACCGCCACCGCCGCCAGCACCGCCGCCUCCGAGGACGGUCUUGGUGUGGCGCCGCCGAGCAAGAUCUCGCGCACCUCGCGCGAUUCCAAGGCCACCCCGCCUGGUGUUGCCGGCUCGAGCCCGGCGCCGCCCUCGCCGCUCAAGUGCGUCAUGUGCAAGCGCAUCGAGCCCAAGAAGAAGCUUGCCCAAUGCCGUCAGUGCUCGCUGAGCGUGCAUCAGGGCUGCUAUGGCCUCACGGACCACGAGAUCGAGAUGGACGUGUGGAUGUGCGAUCCGUGCAACAACGAGACGACGCAAGAGGCGGCGCUGCUGCCGCGCUGCAUCCUCUGCUCGCCAGCGGCGCAGGAAGAGGCAGCGGCCAUCUCGGCCAAGCACGCGCUCUCGACCACCAGCGAAAAGGCGCCACGCGGCCGACCCAAGGCAGUGCCCGAUUCGGGCGCAGAUGGGCUCAAAAAGGAGCCGGGUUUGGCCGCCAAGGCGCCGCUGGGAGCAUUGGAUGCAUUCAAGCCGACCGAGUGCAACAACUGGGCGCACGUGCUGUGUGCGGUGUGGAUGCCUGAGGUGCUGUUCUCGGACGUUGCGCGGCUCAAGCUCGUCGAGAGCUGUGGCAACUUGCCUGGGUGGCGGUACGAAGCCGAGUGUAGUAUCUGCCACGAUGCGCGCGGUGCGUCUGUGUCGUGCUCGGAUCCGCUGUGUCGCAAGACGUUCCACGUGGCGUGUGCGCACAAUCACCAGCCGGCGUAUACGCUGGGCUUUGAGAUCAUCCCCGUCAAAAGCACGCGACGCGACGUGAUUGCCACGCUGACAUUCAAGGGCGAAUCGGGGCACAUGGUUCCGCAGGUUUGGUGCAAGGAGCACAAGGAACUUGCCAAGACCAAGAAGCUCUACGACCUUGCCGAGGUGGAUCCCAAGACGGGCUUGACGAGUUUGCAGAUGUUUGUGCGCACCAACAAGCAUCUCGCUGUACCGGCGGGGACGAAUCCGCUCGUGGGUGAGACGACGUAUGCGCUUCUGCGCAGAGCCAAGCGCUACGACUCGCUCGUCAUUCCCACCGUAGUCAAGGUAGAAACCCCGAAGCCGGGCAGGCAAAAGUCGUGCGCAAAGUGCAGCACGCGCUUCUCGCCGUUUUGGUGGCCCUUGCCGGCGGCCGAAACGAGGGUCAAGGAUGAAGACGAGGUGGAAACGGGUCCGAGAGUGUGCUGCAACUUUUGCCACGAGACCCACUUUAAGCCCGCCACCCCCGCCGCCGUGUCGUUGUAG